AUGUCCCGUCGAAAUCAACAGAGCCCAAUUGCUCAAGUUCGAAUAGAUGUUGACGAAUUGGUUAACAAGGUCGAACGUUUGAGCACGGAAUACGAAGAAUUCUUAGUUACCGCGCCUACGCUAGAUACCAAUGCAGAAAAGGAGAAAGGCAUUCGACGCAGAUGUGUUCAAUAUGAUCAGAUGGUGAAUGAGAAGUUGCAACAGGUUUAUAGAUUAACACAGGAUAGUGAACCAGUACCUUUGGCAGACUUUAAUGAUAGGAAAAAGCAAGAGAUACGCAAACUAAACAGAAUGCAGAAAGUGAUCAAUGAAGUUUCGUCAAAGUUACACCGUGAUGCUGUUGAACAGUCAUAUUUCCAAGAGCACAAGAUGCAGAAGCAAACUGCUGGUGCUACAGUUGUAGCCACACAAGUUGAAGAUGGUGAUGAUGAUGAUGAUGAUGAUGAUGAUGAGGAUGAUGAUGAUGAUGAUGAUGAUGAUGAUGGUGAUGAUGGUGACAAUGAUGAUGAUGGCAAUGAAGACAACUCAAUAGUUGAAGAAGGAAGUGUAUUUGAAGAACAAAGUUCCGAAGAAGAUGAUGAAGGUACACCUGCCUUUCAAAAGGCUGACAUUGACUCUACAAUAGGCGACACGGAGUUUACUCAAGCUAAAUGUUUGGCUGAUUUUGUUGGGGAGGAAGAUGACGAUCUUAGUUUCAGAAAAGGAGAAUGUGUUUAUAUUAUUGAUAGGGGUCGUGAGGAUGGUUGGUGGGUGGCAGAGAACAGUGAUGGACAGCAAGGCCUUGUUCCUAGCAACUACUUGAAAGUAGUAGAGCGUCAGCAGGAGAUAUCAGUGGCACCAAUUGCAGGCAAUAGAAGUGGUCACUCACUAUCACCAAGAGGAAGAGAAUUAUGGGACAAGGUGAAAUCAAUCAUUAAACAGCCAAGUCUUGCUGAUGUUUUGUUGGGGAUGGGAGCUAUUCCUAGUGGCUUUAGGUCAUCCACAUUGGCCAAGCUCGUUCAUGAACAUGAAGGUACUUCAGCUUGUACAUCAUCAUGGCUUGUUCCCAAACUCAGUGAAUCUCACUUAUCAUUUAGAGAUUUGCAUUGGGACUUUGCAGCAAGCAAACUACGUUCUCGCCCUGUUGCUGUAACAAGAGGUAUUUCUAUUCUUGGAGCAUCUAACAUUCCCAAUGUAACUCAAGGAUUAACAAUUUUGAGCAGACAUAUUCGUGUAGCUCUUUUUAAUAAACAAGAAGUGCUCAGCAACGUUCAUACUGUUCGGGCAGUGUGGAUUGAGAAAGAGCCAAAGACAUGGAAGUUUCAACCCAAGGUUCAGCAAGGAUUUGCCUCGACCGCAUACGAUGCUGAUUGUGUUGUUAGGUUUAAUAACAUGAGUACUGACAGUACCAUACUAUUUGAAUUGUGUUUCACUUAUCGUCAACAGAAAACAGACGAGGAAGGAGAGCUAAGCUGUGGGUGGGCUACUUUGCCUUUGUUUGAAGCUGACGGCAAACCUGUUAUCAGCAAGACACGGGAGCUCAAAGUUAAUGGCGGUACACCAUACGAGAGUGGAAUUGAAGUUGAUCCAGCGCUGACUACUAAGCCUUCUGGUAAGAGGUUUACUAGCUUAUUGCGAACAAGUAGAACACCUCGUUUGUUUGUCAAGUUACAAUACUUAAGACGGAACGUCAUAGACGUUUGCAAUAUGCUGCCUGAUGUCUUAAUUACGUCUGUCAACUAUAUACCUUUUAUCUCAUACUAUCGCCAAGUUAUGGCUGAUGAGCUGCUGUUGGAUCGAACGGAUGAACAGGAUGCCAGUCCAAUCUGCAGUCCAGUAUUGAGUGUGUUUUCUCAAGCUAUUGAUCAGCCUGAUAUCAUGGAUGUACUGAGAGAAAGAUGGAGUGAAGAGCUUAAAGUUCUUAGACGUUCAUUCAAGAAGAAUACAGCACGUCUCAAAGAAAUGUUCAAACGUAUACUUCUUGAAACAGUCUAUCCAUUAGUGAGUAGCCCUCAUCUGCCUCCUUCAGUUUGGGGUGAUGAUAAGUUGGAAGAGGAGAGAUAUGCUUUUAUUCAGUCAGUCAAAUCUCGAACAGCCUUGGAGUGGUUCUCUGACAGUGAGUUGUGCCACAAGCCUUUAAAUGCAAGUGAACUAGCAUUUACUGUUCUCUCUGACUUCUGUAUUACUUAGCUGUGAGUUUUUCAAUAGCUUAUAGUUUUAUUGUAUAAUUUAGUUAUGUCUUGCUUGUUGUCUCUAUUCAAAUCUAUAUCAUUAAUCAACAUGUGUAACAGAAGUAUAUUGUAUAUAUCUUGAUAAAUAGCAAUUGAGAUUUGAAUUGAUGUUGUCAGCU